CAGCCCUUGAUGGAUUCUACAGAUGCCCAGUGUGGAGCCCCUGAGCCCCUGCUUUGUAGGAAGGUGAAGGUGUUGGAGGACAAGCUUGAGGAUGCAAGAGUCCAUCCCAGGAGGAAACCUACCUGCCCUGAGACCUUUCACCAGAGCUUUUGUGCAGACGCGGAGGAGAAGGAGCUGCUGAUGCCACAGUAGUUCAGCCACACUGGCUGAGGAGACCCCGCUUGGGAAAACUCAUCAAGGAGGUUCUAACUAUGGAGGACUUGGGCGUGAUGCUUCAGGGGACAGAUCUGUCUUUUCAAGACUCUGCCCUUCCCCGAGGAAGCAGAAUUACAGAGGAAGAAGGAAUGGCUUCUAGGUUCCUGAUGGCCAGAUCCCAGGUAUCAUUGACAUUCCAAGAUGUGGCCGUGGACUUCUCCCCAGAGGAAUGGGGGCUGUUGAAGCCGGCUCAAAAGGUCAUGUACAGAGACGUGAUGCUGGAGAACUAUGAGAACUUCGUCUCCCUAGGUCUUCCCAUUUCCAAACCCAGUACAAUUUCCCAGUUGGAGAGAAGAGAAACACCAUGGAUUGCAGAGGGAAAAGUUUCACUGAGCACUUACCUAGGUUCCCUUGGUCAGAAGAUGAGAUACGAAACCACUGAGUCAGCUUUAAAGCAAUGUAUUUCUACAGGAGAGUCAUCCAGCGAGAGACUUACAAAGAAUGGUCCCCAUGAUGCUAAAUUGGCAGAAACAUGGCAUUAUGACAUCAGGUUAGAGAGGCAGAAAGGCAAUCAAAAGAGACAGUCCAGGCAAGUAACAGUCACUCACAGAAAAACUUCUAAUGAACCAGGUGUUCAUGAAGGUAAUUCUUUGUGGAGAAAGCUCAGCUUAGGGUCAGUUUUUGAUACACAACAGAAAGUUUCUGUAGGAAAAUGUCCCUAUAAAUAUGAUACACUUGGAAAGAACUUUAAACAGUUUUCAGACCUAAUUAAACAUAAUAGAAUCUCCUUGGGCAAGAAAAUGUCUAAGUAUAAUAAAAGCAGAAAGCCCUUCAGCUACCACUCAAACCUUAUUUAUUACCAUAGAAUACAUACUCACGGGAAAGCAUGUAAAUGUAAUGAAUGUGGCAAAGCCUCCAACAUUAAUUCAUGCCUUAGUGCAAACCAAAGAAUUCAUUCUGCAGAGAAACCCUAUAAAUGUAAAGAAUGUGGGAAAGCCUUCAGUCGAAAGGGAAACCUUAAAAUACACAAGGUUAUUCAUACUGGAGAAAAACCAUUUGAAUGUAAUGACUAUGGAAAAGCCUUCAGGAAUAAUCAGUACCUAAUUCAACAUCAAACAAAUCAUACUGGAGAGAAAUAUUUUGAAUGUAAUGAAUGUGGGAAAGGCUUCAGGAAAAGCUCAUCCCUUAUACAACAUCGAAGAAUUCAUACUGGAGAGAAACCAUUUGAAUGCAAUGAGUGUGGGAAAGCGUUCAGUCAGAAGGGAAGCCUUAAUGCACACCAGAGAAUUCACACUGGAGAGAAACCCUAUAAAUGUAAAGAAUGUGGGCAAGCCUUCAACUGGAUGGGAAACCUGAAUACACAUAAGAAAAUUCAUACUGGAGAGAAACCUUAUAUAUGUGAUGAAUGUGGAAAAGUCUUCAGCAGGAAGGGGAGUCUUAUUGCUCAUACCAGAAUUCAUACUGGAGAAAAGCCUUUUCAUUGCAAUGAAUGUGGAAUAUCUUUCAAAUGGCGUAGAUACCUUAAGGAACAUAAGAAAAUUCAUACUGGUGAGAAACACCUUGAAUGUAAUCAGUGUGGGAAAGGUUUGAGGAAGACCUCAUCCCUUAUGCAACAUCAAAGAAUUCAUAAUGGAGAAAAACCUUAUAAAUGUAAUGAAUGUGGAAACUCUUUCAACCGGAAGGAACAUCUUAAAACACAUAAAAUAAUUCAUACUGGAGAGAAACCAUUUGAAUGCAGUGAAUGUGGGAAAGCCUUCAACCAGAAGGGAAGCCUUAAUAUACAUCAAAGAAUUCAUACUGGAGAGAAACCAUAUAAAUGUAAAGAGUGUGGGAAAGCCUUCAGAUGGAAGGGAAACCUCAAUACACAUGAGAAAACUCAUACUGGAGUGAAACCAUAUAAAUGUAAUGAAUGUGGGAAAUCCUUCAGCCGGAAGGGAAACCUUAAUGCACAUAACAGAAUUCAUACUGGAGAGAAACCUCUCCAGUGUAAUGAAUGUGGGAUAGCUUUCAAAUGACCUGCAUACCUUGUUGACCAUAAGACGGUUUGUACUGGAGAGAAAGCCUUUCAAUAUAAUGUGUUUGGGAAAGCUUUCAGAGGAAUACCUUGGCAGAUCAAAUAAUUGUUUCUGGGGAAAAUCUCCAUAAAUGUAAAGAAUAUAGUUCAUCCCUCAUCAGAGACUUCAUGUUAGAGGUAAACUGUAGGGUCAUAAUGGGGAGAUGUCAUAAAUUCAUCAUUUAUUAAAUACUGAAAGUCAAGGUGUUAAUUGUUUUUUCACUAACUACAUUAUCAUUGUUGCUUUGAGAGUGGAAAAUGAUAUUAUCUAUCCCUCUUGUUUAUACCUAUUAAAUGCCAUUAGGUACAAUUGAAAUUACAUUGUAUUAGGUACUUGAGAAGAUUAAAUCAAGGAUGGUUCUUGACUUAUAGCUCACAGAGGGGCAAAAAGGAGGAAAAAAAUAUGACAGAUAAUAUAUAUAUAUUUGAUAAUUGUAUGGGGAAAGGAAAGAUAAUAUCUGGUAGGGGUUGAGGGCAGUGAGGAUUGAGGAAGUCUUCAUGGAGGAGAGGCUAUUAAUAUGGUGAUAUAAAGAAACAGUACAAUUUUUAUUAACACAGAUGGCAGUGGGGAGGACAUUACUGGCCUAGGGAAUACCAUGGGCAAAAUUCUGGAGACAGAAUAGGGCUUUAGGGGGACUUGGUGAAUAAUCUAGUUUUUCUGGAAGAUAGUUCAUGUAUGAAAAGCAAUUAGAGUAUAGAAGACAGCACUAAACCCAAAGUCAGGUACUGGGCUCCAAUCCCACACCUACUACUCGCUACCGAUGUGACUUUAGGCAAGUCAUUUCAACUUUCUAGGUGUUAGACACCUCAUCUAUAAAAUGAAAAUUAGAAACCAUCUAGGGUCGUUUCUGAGAGGCAACAUGGUACAAUCAGUAGAGAGUCAGCCUUGAGUCAAGACAGCCUGAUUUCAUCUCUUACCCCUGGCAGGCUGUCCAACCACAGGCAAAUCCCUUAAUUCCUCAGUUAACUCUCUAAGCUUUAAAAUUAUAGAUUAUUCACCAAUAUUCAUUGGUGGAAGGAGUUACCACACAGAGUUUUCCCAAACCAAAGAAAUCUCAAAUUUAGCACAAAGUUCCUUCCAGCUCUUUCCAUGAAGAUGCCAUUUUACUUUUGUCUUCUAAAGCCCAGCACACAGCACAGUGCUUUUCAUUCAACAAGCACUUCAUAAAAAUUCUUUAACAAUUCAGGUAUGACCCUAUGAGUAGAAUGAGAUGAAAAGGUGUGGUGAUACCAAUUUAGGGAGGGCUCUGAUUGCCAAGGAAAAGGUUUUGAAUAGAGGAAGGGAUAUGAUCAGAUUUAAGCAUAAGCAAGUUAAUAUAUUAAUAGCUAAUAUUUAUGUAGCACCUUAAAGCUUACCGAGUUAUAUAUGUAAAAAUCUGUAUGUAUAUACAAUCACGUGUAUAGCCUCAUUUGUAUACAUAUGUUUAUGUAUACGAUAACUUCAUGGCAUACAAAAACCUAUGAGGUAGGUGUUAUCUCCAUUUUACAAAUAAGGACACAGACUGAAAAAUUCAAUGACUUGCUGAAAGUCAUACAAUAAGUAUUUGGGGUUGAAUUUGAACUCAGGUCUUCAAUGCCUAUGCCACCAAUUGGCCUCUCUUUGUGUUGGAUUGGAGAAGGCGCUAGAGAAAGGAGAACUAGCUAAUAACCUAUUGCCACAAUCCAAAUUUGUGGAUCUACAUUAGAGUGUUGGUGGUAGAGAUAGCCCCACACCAAUGCAUACCCACUUUCCCUUCUACCUUAUUCUACUGCCACCAUACUGCUUGGGAACUACAAACUACUAGAGACAAACAGCUUUUUAUUUUGAACCUUUGUCUCAUGUGUUCCUCCUACUUUGAAAACAUCUUUUAAGCUACCUGGGGCUUUCUUGCCACCCUCUGCUAUGGAGGUCUCUUAUUUGCUUCCUAAUGUCUCUUAGGGCCAUAGAACUAGAAGGGACCUAAGAAGCCUUCAAGUCCAGCCGUCUUACUUUACUUUAGAGAAGACUGCAGCCCAGGGAGAUGACAGACCGUGUCCAAAUUCUCAUUGGUAGUAAGGGUCAGAGGUAGGAUUUAAUCCCAGGUUGACCCUCUGACUCCAGAGCCUGGCUCCACCACCCUCUCACGAAUUCUUGUCAUUCCAAGAACAUCCUGGCCAAAUUCUGGUCACUCCUUUGCAAAUCUUUGCCAUUGCCUGCUGUUGUAUGACUUGUUGGACUGUGAAAGUGCCAGUUCACUUCAUGGCGGCUGCUUUGUGAUAUUCAUGAGCCUUUCUUAUGAUGUACGUAAGAAUAUGUUUACUUUGACUCUCCACUCUGGGAACUGUAAAUGAAUUCAUGUUGCUUGCUGUAAAAUAUGUACAUGCAUGAACACAUUUGUACAUGGCUUUGUUAAUACUUAAGACUUUUUUCCCCUUGUUACGGUCUUUGUG